AUGGAUAACAUUGGCAGGCAUGGAGUGAGACAAAGAAGAAAUCCAUGGUCAGAGAUAGGGCUGAAUAUAUCACUCAGUGCCCCCAUUAGGCCAGGGAAGAGGUACACCUACAAGUUCCAUUUGACUACAGAAGAAGGAACAAUAUGGUGGCAUGCACACAGUGGGUGGGCAAGAGCAACUGUUCAUGGAAUGAUCAUUGUUUAUCCAAUCCAUGGAGCUCAUUAUCCCUUUCCCAAACCAUACUCCGAGGUUCCAAUCAUUCUAGGAGAAUGGUGGAAGAAAGAUGUCAUGGAAAUACCAGGAAAUGCAAAUAAAACAGGAGGAGAACCCUUACUUUCUGAUGCCUACACCAUCAAUGGGCAGCCGGGAGAUCUCUAUCCAUGCUCCAAACAAGACACAUUCAAAAUAACAGUGGAGCAAGGAAAGACCUAUCUCCUUCGGAUAGUUAGUGCAGUCAUGGAUGAAAAUCUCUUCUUCUCCAUUGCCAAACACAAAUUAAUCCUACUAGGAACAGAUGGAUGCUACACAAAACCCUUCAAAACAGAUCACAUAAUGAUCACACCAGGCCAGUCCAUGGAUGUCCUCCUACAAGCAAACCAACCUCCUAGCCUCUACUACAUGGCUGCUAGAUCAUAUUCCAGUGCCUUUGGGGCUCAUUUUGACACCACAACCACCACAGCAAUCGUGCAAUAUCGACAAUCAUACGACCCGACCCCAUUGCCUUUUUUCCCUCUACUCAAAAACCAUGCAAUGGUCCCUUUGGUAAAAGGUUCUCAGCUAGUAUUAAUAACAUCAGCUUUUGUGAUACCACUAUCUAUUGAUGUGCUAAGAGCUUACUAUUAUGGAAUUCAUGAUGUUUUCAAGGAGGAUUUUCCGAUAAACCCACCUCGGAAAUUCGAUUACACCGGAAAAAAACUACCUGAAAAUCUUCUGGUGCCGGAGUUUGGUACUAGGGUAGUGGUUUUGGAGUACAAUGCUGGUGUUGAGUUGAUUUUGCAAGGGACUAAUGUGCUAGCAAGUGACAACCAUCCCAUUCAUUUGCAUGGAUAUAGCUUCUAUGUUGUUGGUUGGGGCUUUGGGAAUUUUGACCCUAUAAAGGACCCUUUAAGGUAUAAUCUUGUUGAUCCCCCUGAAGAAACUACUGUUGGAAUUCCCAACAAUGGAUGGGUGGCCUUUGUAAAAAAUUUAGUUUUGUGUGUGGUUGAUGCAUUGCCAUCUAGAGCGACACCAGAGCUGGGGGAUGGGUAUGGUGUUCAUAGUUAA